AACUGAUCAAACACAACAACCAGUUUUCUGUAAGUCAUUCCUCUCUGCUGUGACAGUGUGAGUGAAGUCAUUUGGUCCAGCUGCAGGACACUGGCCAUUUCAUUUAUUAGGGACAACAGUAUGACUGUGAGGUUAAAUGGCCUCUAUUGUUCUGUUGUGCUCUCCACUCACCCACACACACACACACACACACACAGCUGAUGCGACUCUAUCACUACAUGCAUGGUGCGUUUUGCUGGAUCGUGGAAUACAGGGAGGGAGAUGGACAAAAAAAGUUGAAGUGAAAGAUUCAGUCAUCAUUCCUUGUUAUAACACUCCCACAGAUCCAUUCAUCGUCAGCCAAUCGGUGUUCAGCUAACAGGUACUGUGACAGAUACCACACCUAUGACAGGCACCAGCACGUGGAGGAAGAGACGAGAAGGUGGAGAAUACAUUCUAAGAGUACUGGUGUAAGGAAGACGGUCACCAAUUACAAGGAGAACAAGAAAAGCAGGGACUGGUUCAAGAAUUUGAAGGCAAUUCAUGUGGAUGCUUUCGGAAAGGGCACAGAAACUUUAGAUCUGCAAGGAAACAACAAGGACUCGCUGUCUGAGAAGAGGAGAGACGCAGAAUAAAGAGUCUGGAGGAUGGACACAUGGCUGAAUGUAGUCCAGAAGCUUCCGGCCCUGUAUGUCUUGUGCUGUUCUGUAAUCUUCAGGAUCCUUCACAGGUUCCUGCAGACUGUGCCCAGACCCGGGACGGUGAAAGCGGACCCCUGGAGGACGUGGAAAUGGAGAAACCUCUCAGUGUCACUCGUCCACUCACUGCUGACUGGCAUCUGGGCCGUCACCUGCGUCAUACAGCAUCCUGUGAUGGUGCAUGAAAUCCACUCCACCUACACCCCAUCAGCAUACAUGCUAGUCGUCGUCUCAUCUGGAUACUUCAUUCAGGAUGCUGCUGACAUUAUCUUUAGUGGGUAUGCCAAAGCAUCUUGGGAGUUUUUACUUCACCAUGUUAUGGUGAUCUGGUGUUUCCUGUAUGCUGUGUUCACUCAUCAGUAUGUGGCAGGCGCAGUGGUGGCUUUGUUUGUGGAGGUGAACAGCGUGUUCCUACACACUCGUUUAUUGCUCAAACUGGCUAAGAUGGCCCAGAACUCUUUCAUCUACACCGUCAACAAACUGCUCAAUGUGGUGACCUAUGUGACCUUCCGGCUCGGGGCACAGUUUUACCUCACCUGGUACCUCAUACACCACUACUCGACGUUGGAUCAUGCCCUCUACUUCCUGAUAACCAUGAUGCUCAUGAACAUCAUGAUUCUCAUCUAUUUCUACCGCCUCCUCCGAACCGACUUCUUCAGCAAUGGGCGUUCUCGCAGUAGUGCUCGUAAAUUUGCUGAGGACUAAACCAUCAGAGGCUGAUGUCACUCGGUCCUAAACCAAAGACUGCAUUCAAGUGACUGUUAACACAACGUUUAUCUAGAAAAUGCCUGUACAGAAUGAGCAAACCUCACUAGAGAGAGUCUGAUGUGAAUCAGAGACAUUUUAAAAAGUUUUCACUUAUUAGAAUAAAUCUUCAACUCUUCCAAAAUUUUUUACAAGGGUUAAGCCAGUCAUUUAAGGAUCUGUUAGCACAGAUGGGUUUUACACUGCAAUAAGUGAUUUUCAUGGGAAGUGUCUAUGUUCCAGUUCAAAUAUCAAGACAUUUUUACAUUAAGAAACAUUUACUUAAGCAAAAACAUGACCUUACUUUAAAAUGAAAAUGUACAAAGAUUUACUCACCUUUUGGUUAUCCAGGAUGUAGAUACAUUUGUUCCUUCAUUGGAACAUAUUUGGAGAAAUGUAGCAUUACCUUUCAUUCAUGAAUCCUCUUCAGUGAAUGGGUGCCAACAGACAGCAGAAUAAGAGUUUUCAGCUGAUAAAAACAUCAGAAUAUUCUGCCAGUAAUCCAUACGACUCCAAUCUAUUAAUUAAUGUCUUGUGAAGCAAAAAGGCUGCGUUUGUAAGAAACAUCCAUCAAGGCAUUUUAAACUGUUCCUUCUGCCCAAAAUACAAGCCCUCUAUCCAUAAUAAUGCUUCCUCCAAAUAAAAAGACAUUCUCAUUGUCCUCUCACAUCAAAAUCCACUGACAAAUUUGUUUAGAACAGUUUUGGAUUGUUUUCACAAUUGUUGAUCUGUGCAUAUUUCGCUCCUGAUUCACACAAAAUGACUUGUUGACCGGAGAAAGCAAUGAUAGAGGAUUUGGAUUGAAGCCAGAAGCAUCAAGUUGAAAUUAAAAAAUUGACUUGAUGAAUUUACUACAAUCACAAUUCUCUCCAAAUCUGUUUCGUUGACAGUACAAACUCAUUUAUAUCUUGGAUAUCCUAAGUAGAUUUGAGCUAAUUUGCAUUUUUCCGUUAACUAUUCCUUUUAAUAUUGUUAAAUCUGUUUUUCUCAAAAAAUAAAGAAAAACAAAUCUAAUUUAAUCAAAGUAAAAACAGAAAACAAUUUUGCCAGUGGGAUUAGUUCAUAUCACCAUUGGCAGAUAUUUUUUCACAAAAAAAA